AUGGCCGACAAGCUUCGCAACCAACAAGAACUCGAGCGCCUUCAGGCCAAGUACGUCGGCACUGGCCAUCCCGAUACAACGAGCUGGGAGUGGCGGACCAACAUCCAACGCGACACAUAUUCUUCCAUCGCCGGACACAGGCCUCUGUUGUCAUACAUCGCGCUCGCUGAGAACGAGCCUGUAGCCAAGGUUCGAGCUCAAAUGAUACGGAAAAUGAUCCAGCCUUGCGGACCUCCACCCCAAAAAGAAGAAUAA